AUGGCAGAUGUUAAAAAGAGAAAGAGGGCCUCGGGGUCAAGCAAUGAGCCCCCCAAAGCCAAGAGGCAAGCAACGGAGAAGGACCAAAACCCAUUCGCCUGGAUCGAGGCCAAUGUGCAGGAAACUGUGAACCCACCAUUCAUCCUUGAGCCUGCCGGCUGUCAGAUACCAGACGACAUCAAGUUCAAGGUCUACGCAAGAGAGCGUAAACCCGGAGAGAUAAGCAAGGGUGCGACACCGAUCGAGCGACGCGAAUACAUGCUCUUCUCCAACGACCACCCCGUAUACGAGUUUACGGCCAGAGAAGACCCCGCGACCAAAUGGACGAGACUAUAUGUUGGCUACGAAAAUACGAAAACAGGACGGAAGGAUGUGGUGCAGACGAGGAAGCUCAUCGUCCGGGCGAUACCCAAGGGACAGAGAGCUGUCGAAGCGGCAAUGGCCAAGCGCGGUCCCCAAGAAAAAUCUACGGACAUCUUGAACGACCUCGGCCGACUAUUCGGAUCUAAACGGGCUAAGAAAGCGAUCGAGGAGAAGGCGAGAAACGAGAUCUCCGUACCCACUCUCAACACUGAUGGAACGCCGAAGGUCCUUAGUGCGGCCACGAAUGCCACGCUGGAUGCAAUUAAGGAAGCGUCCGCCGACAUGGCUUCCCGUGAAGAGCUGCAAGCGACUCUUGACGCCACUAAACCGAUCCCUAAGCCCAACAUGGAUGCUGAAGAUAUCCAAGACGUGUACGAUCCACUCGAAAUCAUCGGCGCCGAAAUCCUUAAUAGCAUUCGCGUCAAGGAUUGGCAGGAUGCAUCCGAGAAUGGGGAAGGUGUGCAGGUCACGUCCAAGUUUGUGGCCAGUCGGCUCAACACCGUCGCCCGUGGACCAAACAGUACUGAAAGGUUGCGGCUCCUUCGAUACAUCUACUAUCUCAUCGUGUACUAUACAAACGCGACGAGGAAGCGGGGUGGGCGGACAGCCAUGCUCAAGAAGAACUUCAAGGCUCUCACCGACGCGUCGGAUAUUAUCGCCGACCACUUUCUCAGGAAAUUCACCAACGGAAGGGGUGAGAUUAACAGCUAUUUCGACUCCCUCAUACUAACGCACAUUCUCGCAUUCGCAAGCGUCAUCGAUAACUUUUCGUUUGACGUGCAGUUCCUUCGGGAGGAUCUCAAGAUUGACCAGGAGAAACUGACCACACACUUCCACGAGAUUGGCGGCCGCGUAAAGGAGUUGAAGGACAAGUCGACGGGUAGGGUCAUGCACAUCGCUACGUUGUCUCUACCGUUGCACUUCCCGCGUCAGCGCAAGAUCCGGCAGCGUCGUCGAUAG